AUUCCUUGAUGGGCAAUGACUCAACAGGUUGGCAUUAUUGCUACUAGGCAUGCCCGGAGGGUGUAUGUUGGAGGGCUUCCCCCUACAGCAAAUGAACAGUCGGUUGCUACAUUUUUCAGCCAUGUAAUGCAUGCUAUUGGAGGGAACACUGCUGGCCCAGGAGAUGCUGUUGUUAAUGUUUACAUCAACCAUGAAAAAAAAUUUGCCUUUGUGGAGAUGAGAUCUGUGGAAGAGGCCAGCAAUGCAAUGGCUUUGGAUGGGAUUAUUUUCGAGGGUGCCCCUGUUAAGGUUAGGAGACCUAGUGACUACAACCCAUCUCUUGCUGCAACACUUGGUCCAAGCCAGCCCAGUCCAAAUCUGAACUUGGCUAAUGUCGGCCUGACACCAGGUUCUGCUGGUGGCCUUGAGGGACCUGAUCGCAUUUUUGUUGGUGGUCUACCCUAUUACUUUACAGAAGUACAAAUCAAGGAGUUGCUCGAGUAUACCGAAGGCUAUAUAUAAGCUGUGGGUAUUAUU